GGACCUCGACACCCCAACAGUUACUCUUACUCCGACAGCGCCCAUAACUCUGGCCAAAGUUGAACCAGUUCCAGAACCUGCGUGUGCGCCCUCAACGCCCACCAACCAAACUAUUCCUAUCAUAGUCUCCCCUGUUAACUCACCCUCAGAAGCAGAAGACAAACGCUCAGUGUCAGACAUGGGCUCUAUCACAAUACACGUGGAUGACGAGGCUAAGCCCCCAAAGUCGAAUAUAGCAAGUGGAGGGAAACGUUGGAAAACAGUUCCUAAACAGACGUUCACUGCAGUAGUACACGGAAAGAAAACCGAAACAUCGACAUCUACCCCUGCUUCUAACUUAGUGCUUCCUGUCACGCCUCAGAUAGCUCGAGUGCGACAAACUGGGAAGACUAUUAAAGUCGAACCCCCAGUAAGCCCUGGGUAUGGCGAACUUGCAAUGCUUCUGGAAGAGGCCGCUUUAUUGGAGAGACGGCUGGCAGAGGGUGAUGUUGACAGUGAUAAAACCACUCAAUCCGGCGCUCUCGCUGUCGAACCUCAGCCUCCCGAGGCAACCGUCCAUAUGGAAACUGUUCCUGAAGAAGACAUGCAUAACGAAUCUGUGCUAACCCUUACUAGUCGAGAGGAAUCUAUUCAAGACUCUGUUCGCACCACAGAAUAUACUGACGCCAUGUCGAUAUCGACACGUUCAGUUUCUGUACCCUCGAUCAAAGAACCUGUGUUACAUGAUGACAUCCCCGAGGAAGACGAAGGUCCUUUCUCUGUUCCACCCACCCCUCCUCCCAAGUCCCCUAUACCGAAAUAUCUUUCGGGAAUCCGUCGGUUUGCGAGUUCAUCUAGCUCUCGUCGUUCUUCUAGUCACAUGCCAGGAGCUUAUCCACGUGACAGUAUUUCUGUUUCAUCAGAAGACUCUGUUGCUACUCCACCCGACAAUGGCUUUGAUCUCAACGGUAAUGGAAUUGCCUGGCCUUCUGUGUCUCCCAAGAAGAGUAGCGACCCAGUGUCAAGAUCAAGUUCGUUUGCAGAUAGGUUUUUCAAUCGUAGCAGGACAAAGUCGAACAUGAGUCAUACCGAUGGUGAUGAUAUCUCGAUGUCACGCAGUUCUACUAGUAGCAGAUUCCAUACUGUGUCCGGCACUCCGGACUCCUCUCCAUCCAAACGCUCGACAACUCGAAAUCUUGCCAGUGCAUCCCUUACACGACCUACUUCUACUAUAUCUCUGGCGUCUACAACAUCGAAUCUUGGACUAUUUGAUAAGGACAUUUUCGACGCUUUCCCUUCUGUUCCGGAAACUAUACCGCCUGGCCCUGUGGCUCCUCAAUCGCUUCUCUCGCCAGACGACUGCCCUACUACGGUGGGAAGGUCUUCAACAAUGCCAGUCAAGUCGAGAAAGCAUUCAGCUCAGAGGUUUUCAAUGGCAUAAAGAUAUAAAUCAAUGGUGUUCGUAUUGAUAUAGCUAGCCUAUUCCGCGAUUCGAUUUUUUUUCCCUCUGUCCAAUAUUUGCUAGUCGUAUUUCUCAUUUAGUUAGUAGGUUUUGCUGAGAUCGUAGCCAUUUGAACAACAUUACAGUAUUUUUGCUCGCAUUGAAUAAAAUAAACUGGUCACGUGC